UUCGACUAUCAUGUUUGCGAGGUCUGCAUUGGGCAGGUCCGAUCAGUUGGUGACAGCUUUGAACUCGCAGAAAAGGCAAUUUGUCCUCACAGCAGCCACAACAGCCUUAGGUUCAUUACUUUUCAGCGAGGACAACCGGUUGGCUUCACAGAUGGAGAAGGGUCUAUUGCACAACAAAAAUGCUGAAAAUUCCGCUUCAAUACCAAAUACAGCGAAUAAAUUCUUCCUGAGACCAGAGGCCGAGUAUCCUGGUCAUGUACCUCUCUACACCUUUGAGAAAAUGUUGAUGUUCUUGGGUUCCUCAGUAGGUGCCUACACACAUCCCGAGCGAAACGAGUUCAUUGUAGCUUUGGGAGAGUCUACUGCCAUCACUCCAGUUUUGAGACGGUUACAACAUCAAAUGUUGAGCGACCCUGUGGGAAGACAGAUUUUGCGCGAAAGACCUAGAAUGACGUCGACGUCGUUGGACUUAGAGCAUCUUAGGGAAUUGCCCGAUAACACUAUUGGUAAGACUUAUGUCAAAUGGUUGGACAAGGAAGGAGUCAGUCCGGACACGAGAGUUGAAGUCAAAUAUAUUGACAAUGAAGAAUUAGCCUACAUUUACCAACGUUACCGUGAAUGCCAUGACUUCUACCAUGCCAUCACGGGGUUGCCUAUUAUUAUCGAAGGAGAAAUCUCAGUGAAGGUAUUUGAGUAUAUGAACAUCGGCAUUCCCAUGAGUGGUUUAGGGGCCCUCUUUGCCCCCUUAAGGUUGAAAAAGAGCCAGAAAGAAAGACUCUACAACAUCUACUACCCAUGGGCAUUCAAAAGUGGCUUGAACUCCAAACCAUUGAUUAACGUCUACUGGGAGAAUAUUCUCGAAGAGGAUAUCGAUGAGUUCAGAAAAACAAUGGGAAUCGAACAACCACCAGAUUUGCGUAAUUUGCGUAAGGAAUACUUCAAAAAGUUGAAGGAGGCAAAAAAGAUCGUCUAGUUCCAUCAGAGGGGAAACAAAUCGACAAUAAAUUCACUAAAACCAGCAGCUAAUUGUACAUAGAGAACAUAAUGAUAAUUUUACGAAAAGUUUACG